UGCUACCGAGAGCGCUUCUCCACUCGGCACCAGUCCCGCGCUGCGCCAGGAAGGCGAGAGAAAGCAGCGGCGGCGGCGCUUGGCUCCCCGUCUUCCGCCCCCGUCCAUGGAUACGUUAUGCAGAAGGGAAGCUGCGAAGCUCCGGAGCUGAUCGGCCUCUUGGAAGGGAUGAAAGAAUGAUGUGAUGGAGAGAAAUAUGGGCCAUUGGUCAGGUCCUUUGGCCCCCACGCCUGGCCUAGUCUUCCUGCUUGUUCAGCUCUUGGCCAACGCCUGCCAUGGCCUUCAAGGGGCAAUGCCAUUUGGCUUCCACUUCACACAUUCCGUAUACAACACCACAGUGUACGAGAACUCUGCGGCACGGACCUACCUUAACAGCCAAAGUAGAAUGGGCAUCACCAUGGCGGACCUCUCUUGGGAUAUCAAAUACAGGAUAGUGUCUGGCGACGAUGAAGGCUUUUUCAAGGCAGAGGAAGUUGUAAUAGCCGAUUUCUGCUUCCUUAGGAUAAGGACUAAAGGUGGGAAUUCUGCCAUAUUGAAUCGAGAAAUCCAGGACAACUAUUUGUUGAUCAUCAAGGGCUCUGUCCGCGGAGAAGACUUGGAAGCGUGGACGAAAGUGAACAUCCAGGUUUUAGACAUGAACGAUUUGCGGCCUUUGUUUUCACCAACCACCUAUUCCGUAACCAUAGCAGAGAGCAUUCCUCUAAGGACUAGCAUCGCACAGGUUACAGCGACAGAUGCUGAUAUUGGUUCCAACGGUGAAUUCUAUUACUACUUUAAAAAUAAAGUCGACCUCUUCUCUGUCCAUCCAACUAGUGGGGUUAUCUCCUUAAGCGGCCGGCUAAACUAUGAUGAGAAAAACCGGUAUGACCUUGAAGUUUUGGCUGUGGACCGUGGGAUGAAACUCUAUGGUAACAAUGGAGUAAGCAGCACUGCCAAACUUUACAUACAUAUUGAGCGGAUAAACGAACACGCCCCAACUAUCAAUGUCGUAACCCACAUUCCCUUCCCUUCGGAAAAGGAGCCCACAUAUGCUAUUGUUAAUGUGGACGACUUAGAUGAAGGUGCCAACGGCGAGAUAGAAUCUCUUUCUAUUGUUGCUGGAGAUCCCUUGGAACAUUUCCACUUGACUAAGGAUGGCAGAUGGAUGAACGAGUACAAAAUCAAAGAGAAAAAGCCCAUUGAUUGGGACCAUUUCCCAUAUGGUUGCAAUCUUACGCUCCAAGCAAAAGACAAAGGGUCCCCUCAAAAGUUUUCGGCUGUGAAACUGGUACAUAUUGCCAGUCCCAACAGAGGAAGCAGCCCUGUAAAGUUUGAAAAGGAAACAUAUGAUGUGGCCAUCAGUGAAUUCUCUCCUCCUGGAGUAGUCGUUGCUAUAGUUAAACUAACUCCAGAACCGCAGGGCGAAGGAUAUAAAUUGUCUCUCAGCGAGGAUGCAGAGUAUUUUAAGAUUAAUCCCAGGACAGGUCUAAUUACCACUGCACGGCCUUUAAAAAUUGUUGACAAGGAAUUUUAUGACUUAGAAGUAACGAACAAGGAAGGAUACUUGAAAACACAUGUUACUGUCAGGAUAGAAGAUGCCAAUGAUCACAUCCCAGAGUUUACACAACCUUCAUAUAGCUCCUAUGUCAAUGAAAGUGUCCCUGUGGGUACUAGCAUUUUGUCAGUUUCUGCUUUUGAUAAGGAUCGGGGAGAAAACGGCUACAUCACCUACAGCAUUGCUAGUCUGAAUUCACUCCCCUUUUCCAUCAACCAGUUUACUGGGGUUAUUAGCACAUCUGAAGAGCUGGAUUUUGAGUCCUCCCCGGAGAGCUACAGGUUUAUUGUCAGGGCCUCAGACUGGGGCUCGCCUUACCGCCAUGAAAGCGAGGUGAAUGUCACAAUAUACAUAGGCAACGUAAACGAUAACAAGCCGUUGUUUGAAAAGGUGGCUUGUCAGGGAGUGAUUUCAUCCGAUUUCCCUGUUGGCGGGCACAUCACAGCGGUCUCUGCUAUAGACAUAGACGAGUUGGAGCUUGUGAAAUACAAAAUAAUUUCGGGUAAUGAGCUGGGCUUCUUUUACCUGAAUCCAGACUCGGGGGUUCUGCAGCUCAAAAAGUCCCUGUCUGGUGCAGGCGUGAAGAGCAGCAACUUUGGACUUAGGGUAACAGCAACCGACGGGGAGAAUUUCGCCGAUUCCAUGUUUGUCAACAUUUCUGUGGUUCACGGGAAAGUGUCUUCUAAAACCUUUAGCUGCCGAGAGACCAGAGUUGCACAGAGGCUGGCGGAGAAGUUGCUGAAAAAGGCUAAAGCCAACGUCAAGCUAAAUACUGAAGAUGGCUUCCUGGAUUUCUAUUCCGUGAACAGGCAGGCCCCACAUUUUGACAAAUCCUUUCCUUCCGACGUAUCCGUCAGAGAGGACCUUCCCGUCGGGGCCACCAUAUUCCAAAUCAAGGCCUACGAUGCCGAUUCCGGCUUUAACGGGAAAGUGCUGUAUACCAUAUCGGAUGGCAACACAGACAGCUGCUUUAACCUUGAAGUGGAGACAGGGCUGCUUAAGGUCCUUUUGCCCCUGGAUCGCGAAAAAACAGAGCUCUAUCUCCUGAACAUCACCAUUUAUGACUUAGGCAACCCCCAGAAAGCCACGUGGAGAUUGCUUACUAUAACCGUAGAGGAUGCAAACGACAACGCGCCUCUAUUUUUGCAGGAAGGCUACUCGGUUAAUAUGUUGGAAAGUACUGGUAUUGGUGUGGAAAUUAUCCAGGUAGAGGCUAGAGAUAGGGAUUUGGGGCCCAACGGGGAAGUGACUUACUCCAUAUUGACAGACACGCAGCAAUUUGUUAUCAACAGCUCCACGGGAAUAGUAUACACGGGGGACCAUUUAGACAGGGAAUCGAAGGCAAAUUAUACAUUAAAGAUAGAGGCGAGAGACAGAGCUGAGAGUGGGCACCAGCAGUUUUCUGUCGUCCCUCUGAAUGUUUUUUUGGAUGACGUCAAUGAUUGUUCCCCAGCAUUCAUCCCCCCUAGCUAUAGUGUGAAGGUCCUGGAAGAUCUGCCAGUUGGUACCGUCAUUGCUUGGCUUGAAACUCAAGACCCUGAUCUUGGUCUUGGAGGCCAAGUGCGCUAUUCCUUGGUGAACGAUUACAAUGGGAGGUUUGAAAUUGACAAAGCCAGCGGUGCUAUCCGCCUAAGCAAAGAGCUCGACUACGAGAAGCAGCAGUUCUACAACCUAACCGUGAGGGCAAAGGAUAAAGGCCGCCCGGUUUCUUUAUCCUCGGUUUCCUUUGUGGAAGUCGAAGUCGUGGAUGUGAAUGAAAACCUCUACACCCCUUAUUUUACCGACUUCGCCGUCAUUGGAUCAGUGAAGGAAAACUCGCGCAUCGGAACAAGCGUUUUGCAAGUGAGCGCGAGGGACGACGAUACCGGCAGGGAUGGCGAGAUCCAGUACUCUAUCCGAGAUGGCAGCGGGCUUGGACGGUUCAAUGUAGAUGAGGAAACAGGAGUUAUUUAUACUGCAGAUAUCCUGGACCGAGAGACGACUCAGUCCUACUGGUUAACUGUGUAUGCAACAGAUCGUGGUGUUGUUCCACUUUACACCACCAUCGAGGUCUACAUUGAGGUGGAAGAUGUGAACGACAAUGCCCCAUUGACUUCUGAACCCAUAUAUUAUCCAUCUGUUUUGGAAAACUCUCCUAAGGAUGUAUCAGUCAUUCAGAUACAGGCUCAAGAUCCUGACUCCAGCACAAAUGAAAAGAUGACCUAUAGGAUUACCAGUGGGAACCCCCAGAAUUUUUUCAUCAUCAAUACCAAAACAGGUCUCAUAACCACGACUUCAAGAAAACUGGAUCGUGAACAGCAGGCAGAACAUUUUCUGGAGGUUACAGUCACGGAUGGAGGCUCCUCUCCCAAGCAGUCUACAGUCUGGCUGGUGGUCCAAGUCCUCGAUGAGAACGACAACAAGCCCCAGUUCCCGGAGAAAGUCUACCAGAUCAAGUUGCCGGAGAGGGACCGGAAGAAGAGAGGCGAGCCGAUCUACAGAGCCUUCGCCUUUGACAAGGAUGAAGGCCCCAAUGCGGAGAUUUCCUACAGCAUCGUAGAUGGGAAUGACGACGGGAAGUUUUUCAUUGACCCAAAGACUGGGAUGGUCUCCUCAAGAAAGCAGUUCACGGCCGGGAGCUAUGAUAUCUUAACGAUAAAAGCUGUUGACAAUGGGCGGCCGCAGAAAUCUUCGACCGCUCGCCUCCACAUUGAGUGGAUUAAGAAACCGCCGCCUUCCCCCAUCCCGCUGACAUUCGACGAGCCCUUCUACAACUUCACCGUCAUGGAAAGCGACCGAGUGACGGAGAUCGUUGGCGUGGUCUCCGUGCAACCUGCCAACAUCCCGCUGUGGUUUGACAUCGUCGGGGGGAAUUUCGAGAGCUCUUUCGACGCAGACAAAGGUGUGGGGACCAUUGUCAUCGCAAAGCCCCUGGAUGCUGAGCAGAGGUCCGUGUACAACAUGACUGUGGAAGUCACUGAUGGCACAAAUGUGGCAAGCACUCAGGUUCUCAUCAAAGUAUUGGACAACAACGAUAACGGUCCGGAAUUUUCCCACCCGAGUUACGACGUCACGAUUUCUGAGGACAUCCUCCCUGACACUGAGAUCCUGCAAGUUGAAGCCAUAGACAGAGAUGAGAAGCACAAGCUCAGCUAUAUCAUCCAUAGCAGUAUUGACUCAAUCAGUGUGAGGAAAUUCAGGAUGGAUCCCAACACAGGAGUUUUGUACACCGCUGAGCGCUUAGACCACGAAGCCCAAGAUAAGCACAUCCUAAACGUAAUGGUUCGUGACCAAGAGUUCCCCUAUCGGCGGAAUUUGGCAAGGGUAAUUGUCAACGUGGAAGACUCCAACGAUCACAGCCCGUACUUCUCCAGCCCUUUGUACGAAGCCUCUGUGUUUGAAUCAGCUGCCAUUGGAUCUGCUGUUCUGCAGGUCACUGCCUUGGACAAAGACAAAGGCGAAAACGCAGAGCUGAUCUACACAAUUGAAGCAGGGAAUACUGGGAACACAUUCAAGAUUGAGCCAGUUCUAGGCAUCAUCACGGUGCUGAAGGAACCAGACCUGACCACCAUGAACCAGUUCGUUCUAUCAGUCAAAGUGACUGACCAGGGCUCUCCACCACUGUCAGCCACAGCCAUUGUCCGCAUAUCUGUGACCAUGUCAGACAAUUCCCACCCGAAGUUCACGCACAAGGAAUGGCAAGCUGAAGUGAAUGAAAAUGUUGACUUUGGAACUUCCGUUAUCUUGGUCUCUGCAAUCAGCCAGUCUACGCUAGUUUACGAGGUUAAGGAGGGCAACACCAACGGAGCCUUUGCUAUAAACCCCUACUCCGGAGUCAUCACUACUCAAAAGCCCCUCGAUUAUGAACGCACUUCCUCGUACCAGCUCACCGUACAAGCCACAAACAUGGCCGGGAUGGCCUCCAAUGCCACUGUGAACAUCCAGAUCAUCGAUGAAAAUGACAACCCACCAGUCUUCCUCUUCUCAAAAUACCUGGGCAGCAUCAGUGAGGCUGCACCUAUAAAUAGCAUCGUUCGAAGCUUAGGCAACAAUCCGCUUGUGAUACGAGCCACAGAUGUGGACAGUAAUCAGAACUCUUUGCUUGUCUACCAGAUUGUUGAGUCCACUGCAAAGAACUAUUUCACCGUAGACUCCAGUACAGGUGCAAUUAGGACUAUUGCUGACUUAGAUCAUGAAACCAUUGCACAUUUCCAUUUUCACGUCCACGUUCGAGACAGUGGGAAUCCACAGCUUACUGCAGAAAAUCCAGCUGAAGUCACCAUUGAUGUAACAGAUGUCAAUGAUAACCCUCCGGUAUUCAGCCAGGCCAUGUUUGAGACCAUCUUGCUCCUACCAACGUACGUUGGAGUUGAGGUUCUUAAACUCAGGGCUGCGGACCCAGAUUCAGAAGUCCCACCUGAAAUGACCUACAGCCUGAUUGAAGGCAGCACAGAGCAUUUUCUCAUCGAUUCUGUUUCCGGGGUACUGACUAUAAAAAACAACAGCCUCUCCAAAGAUCAUUACAUGCUCAUAGCAAAAGUAUCCGAUGGGAAGUUCUAUAGCACUGCCGUAGUGACCAUAAUGGUCAAAGAAGCCAUGGACAGUGGCCUGCAUUUCACACAAAGCCUUUACUCCACAUCCAUCGCAGAAAACAGCACCAAUAUCACAAAAGUAGCAGUGGUCAACGCUGUUGGAAACCGCCUUAACGAGCCCUUAAAAUACAGCAUAUUAAACCCAGGGAACAAAUUCAAGAUCAAAUCCACUCUGGGUGUCAUUCAAACUACUGGCAUCCCAUUUGACAGAGAGGAACAGGAAUUUUACGAGCUCGUGGUAGAGGCUAGUCGCGAGCUGGAUCACCUGCGGGUAGCCAGGGUGGUCGUCAGAGUUCACAUUGAAGACAUCAAUGACAAUGCUCCGGUGUUUGUUGGGCUCCCAUACUACGCCGCUGUACAAGUUGAGGCUGAUCCCGGCACCCUGAUAUACAGAGUCACGGCAAUUGAUAAAGAUAAGGAUGCAAAUGGCGACGUAUCGUACCUGCUGAAGGAGGACUAUGGGCACUUUGAAAUUGACAGGCACACUGGCAGCGUCACACUAAAAGCAGCCUUUAAUUCUGACUUAUCUAACAUAGAGUAUCUAAUUAUCGUCAUCGCCAAAGAUGGAGGCAAUCCAUCACUGUCUGCAUCUGUAGAACUGCCCAUUACGAUAGUUAACAAAGCAAUGCCCGUUUUCAACAAGCCUUUCUAUGCGGCCUCUGUAAACGAAGACAUCGAAAUGCACACCCCAAUUCUGAGCAUCAAUGCAACCAGCCCAGAAGGUCAAGGAAUCAUUUACAUCAUUGUAGACGGUGAUCCCUAUAAUCAAUUCAACAUUGAUUUUGACACCGGAGUCCUCAAUGUCAUCAGUCCAUUAGACUAUGAAGUAAACCCCAUUUUCAAAUUGACAGUGAGAGCCAGCGAUGCUCUCACUGGUGCCCGAGCUGAAGUAACGGUGGACUUAAUUAUCAAUGAUGUCAACGACAACGCUCCAGUUUUCGACCACUUUGCAUAUAAUGCCACUUUGUCUGAAGCGUCUCUGAUUGGGACACCUGUUUUGCAGGUUGUUGCUACGGAUGCGGAUUCUGAGAACAACAAAAUCGUUCAGUAUCAGAUAGUCCAGGACACCUUCAACAGCACAGAUUACUUUCACAUCGAUGGCACGAGUGGCUUGAUCCUAACAGCCCGCUUGCUGGACCACGAGCUGAUGCAGCAAUGCAGUCUGAAAGUGCGGGCAACGGAUAAUGGAUUCCCACCCCUGAGCAGCGAAGUUCUAGUCAGCAUCUUCGUAACAGACAUGAAUGACAACCCUCCCGUUUUUAACCAAUUGAUAUAUGAAUCGUACGUCAGUGAGCUAGCUCCUCGGGGUCAUUUUGUGACUUGCGUCCAAGCUUCUGAUGCAGACAGCUCUGAUUAUGACCGGUUGGAGUACAGCAUCUUGUCUGGAAAUGACCGUACAAGUUUCGUGAUGGACAGUAAAAGUGGGGUCAUCUCUCUGUCAAACCAUCGGAAGCAGAGGAUGGAGUCAAUGUACAGCCUGAAUGUCUCCGUCUCCGAUGGUUUGUUCACAAGCACAGCCCAGGUCCAUAUCCGGAUUCUCGGAGCGAACUUGUACAGUCCUGUCUUCACACAGAGUAUUUACGUGGCAGAGGUUAGAGAAAACGCCGCCCCUGGAACCAAGGUAAUCCACGUGAAAGCAACAGACGGAGACUCGGGCAUAUAUGGGCAAAUAAGCUAUUCAAUCAUAAACGACUUUGCCAAGGAUCGCUUUUUGAUUGAUAACAACGGACAGAUCAUCACAACUGAGAAACUUGAUCGGGAGAUCCCUUUGGAAGGUGACAUCACCAUAUUCCUGAGAGCCCUCGAUGCAGGAGGGAGAACCACAUUCUGUACCGUGCGGGUCAUAGUGGUGGACGAGAAUGACAAUGCUCCCCAGUUCAUGACAGUUGAAUACAGGGCAAGCGUCAAAGCAGAUGUUGGAAAGGGCCAUUUAGUCACCCAGGUCCAAGCAGUUGAUCCAGAUGAUGGUGCAAACGCGAGGAUUGCCUACUCGUUGUACAGCGAGGCCUCGGUUUCUGUUGCAGAUCUGCUGGAAAUUGACCCUGACAAUGGGUGGAUGGUAACCAAGGGCAACUUUAACCAGCUUAAAAACACAGUACUCUCCUUCUUUGUCAAAGCAGUUGAUGGUGGCAUUCCUGUGAAGCAUUCGCUUAUCCCUGUGUACAUUCACGUUUUACCUCCAGAAACCAUCUUGCCUUCUUUUUCUCAACCCCAAUAUUCCUUUACACUAUCGGAAGACACUGCAAUAGGUAGUACCGUUGAUGUUCUGCAUGUUUUGCCUAGCCAGGGUGCCACCUAUAGCACAGUUAAUGGUGAAUUGCCAGGGAACAACAAGGAUGGAGUGUUUAUUAUAGAGCAGGACACCGGCAUCAUAAAACUUGAUAAGAGACUGGACCACGAGGCAAUUCCUGCCUUUCACCUUAAGGUUGCUGCAACUAUACAGCUAGAUAAAGUGGAUGUUGUGUUAACAGUGGAUGUGGACAUUAAAAUUUUGGACGUCAAUGACAACAAACCCAUGUUUGAGGCAGCCAGCUAUGAAGCCAUCAUAAUGGAAGGAAUGCCCAUAGGAACCAAACUCAUCCAGGUUAAAGCCAUUGAUGCAGAUUGGGGGGCAAACGGUCAAGUCACGUACUCUCUCUCAGCAGAAUCGGAUGCUGACACAAUCACAGAGGUGUUCACCAUUGACAGCAACAGCGGCUGGAUCAGCACCUUGAAAGACUUGGACCAUGAGAAGAACCCCGCGUUUGCCUUCACUGUAGUGUCUUCCGACCUGGGAGAAGCCCUAUCCCUCUCAUCAACCGCCUUGAUCUCUGUCACGGUGACAGACAUCAACGAUAACGCUCCAGUAUUUGAGCAUGAGCUCUACAGGGGGUCCGUGAAGGAGAGCGACUCGCCAGGCGAAGUUGUGGCUGUCCUCAGCACUUGGGAUGAGGAUACAUCUGAUGUCAACCGCCAAGUUAGCUAUCACAUUACAGGAGGAAAUCCCAAAGGGAAGUUUGCCCUUGGCAUGGUUCAGAAUGAAUGGAAGGUUUAUGUCAAGAGACCAUUAGAUCGGGAAGAACAGGAUGUCUACCUUCUGAAUAUUACAGCAACUGAUGGACUGUUUGUAACGCAGAGUGCUGUGGAAGUGAUUGUCACGGAUGUAAAUGACAACAGCCCUGUCUGCGAUCAGGUCACAUAUAUGGCAUUGUUUCCCGAGGACAUUCCACCCAACAGAGUCAUCCUUAAAAUGGGCGCCAAAGACUCGGACAUCGGAUCCAAUGGGGAAAUUCGUUAUUCGCUGUACGGCCCUGGGAACAACAAGUUUUUCUUGGAACCAGAAAGUGGGGAACUCAAAACCUUAGCCCCAUUAGACCGUGAGAAGAUCCCUGUGUACAACCUGAUCGCAAGGGCAACCGACGGAGGAGGCAGGUUUUGUCAGUCCGAAAUCCAUCUCAUCCUGGAAGAUGUUAAUGAUAACCCACCAGCGUUUUCUUCUGACCAUUACACCGCAUGUGUCUAUGAGAACACAGCCACUAAAGCUUUGCUGACGAGAGUCCAAGCCAACGAUCCUGACGUAGGUGUGAACAGAAAGAUUGUCUAUUCCCUAGCAGAUUCUUCAGGCGGCUUUUUCUCUGUGGACAAAUCAUCGGGAAUCAUCAUCUUGGAGCAUCCAUUGGACAGAGAACUCCAGCCAUCGUAUAAUGUCACUGUCAAAGCCACAGACCAGAGCAUUGUGCAGACCCUGUCCUCGUUCGCCACGGUGACAAUUACGGUUCUGGACAUUAACGACAACCCUCCUGUCUUUGAGAGGAGAGACUACCUUGUUUCGGUGCCUGAGGACACCUCGCCCAGUGCUGAAGUCCUCUCCGUUUUUGCCACAAGCAAAGACAUUGGUACAAAUGCAGAGAUCACCUACAUCAUCAGGUCUGGGAAUGAAAAGGGGAAAUUCAGGAUCAAUUCAAAGACAGGGUCCAUAGCUGUAAUUGAACCUCUGGACUAUGAAAUGUGCAAGGACUUCUUCCUAGUCAUCGAAGCCAAAGAUGGGGGCAGCCCGGCGCUGAGCGCCGUGGCAACAGUGAAUAUAAAUGUGACAGACGUUAAUGAUAACGCUCCGAGAUUUAGCCAAGAAGUCUACAGUUCUGUCAUCAGCGAGGAUGCCUCGGUAGGCGAUUCAUUGAUAACGCUGAUAGCUGAAGACCUUGACAGUCCUCCCAAUGGGCAGAUCCAUUUUUCCAUAAUCAAUGGAGAUCGGAACAACGAGUUUUCAAUUGAUCCUAGCUUGGGACUUAUAAAGGUUAAGAAGAGAUUGGACCGAGAAAGGGUUUCUGGAUACUCGUUAGUCAUACAGGCAAGAGACAGUGGGACUCCUCCUUUGUCAGCAUCUGUGACGGUCAACGUUGACAUUUCUGACGUGAACGAUAACAGCCCUGUUUUUACACCUGCCAACUAUACAGCUGUGAUUCAAGAAAAUAAACCAGUGGGAACAAGCAUUCUGCAGCUGGUGGUGACAGACAAAGACUCUCUGCACAAUGGACCCCCUUUCACCUUUUCCAUCUUGACGGGUAAUGAAGGCGAAGAGUUUGCAUUGGACCAGCAAGGCGUCUUACGAUCUGCAGUCGUCUUCAAGUACAGGGAAGCAACUGAAUAUGUGCUCUGCAUUCAGGCAAAGGAUUCUGGGAAACCUCAGCAGGUAUCCCACACCUACAUCCAAAUCCGGGUCAUCGAAGAAAGCAUCCACAAGCCAACAGCCAUCCCUCUGGAGAUUUUUAUUGUCACUAUGGAAGAUGACUUCCCCGGAGGCGUCAUUGGGAAGAUACAUGCGACGGACCAAGACAUGUACGACAUCCUCACUUACGGCCUGAAGUCCGAGCAGAAAAGUUUGUUCAAGGUCAACAACCACGAUGGGAAGAUCAUUGCCCUUGGCGGGUUGGAUAGUGGGAAGUACAUCCUGAAUGUAUCGGUCAGCGACGGGAGGUUCCAGGUGCCCAUGGACGUGACGGUCCAUGUGGAGCAGCUGAUGCAGGAAAUGCUGCAGAACACGGUCACCAUCCGUUUCGAGAACGUCUCCCCCGAGGAUUUUGUGGGGCUCCAUAUGCACGGGUUCAGGCGCACCCUGCGCAACGCCGUGCUCACCCAGAAGCAAGACAGUUUGCACAUCAUCAGUAUUCAGCCUGUGGCGGGCACCAACCAGCUCGACAUGCUGUUCGCGGUUCAGAUGCACACGGGGGACUUCUAUAAGCCUGCCUUAUUGAUUCAGAAGCUCACCAAUGCAAGGCGGCACUUGGAAAAUGUGAUCCGCGUUUCAGCUAUACUGGAGAAGAAUUGCUCCGGAUUGGAUUGUCAGGAGCAGCACUGCGAGCAAAGCCUGUCUAUUGAUUCCCAUUCCCUGAUGACCUACAGCACAGCACGAAUUAGUUUUGUGUGUCCCCGGUUCUUCCGAAACGUACGCUGCUCUUGUAAUGGAGGAUUGUGUCCAGGCUCUAGUGAUCCCUGCACAGAGAAACCCUGUCCUGGAGAUAUGCAAUGUGUGGGCUAUGAGAUCAACCGGAGGCCAUUCAUCUGCCAGUGCCCUCCUGGAAAGCUCGGGGAGUGCUCAGGACACACUUCCCUUAGCUUUGCUGGGAAUAGUUACAUCAAAUACCGGGUUUCUGAAAAUAGCAAGAAGGAGGAAUUCAAGUUGGCGCUGCGUCUGCGGACUCUGCAAAGCAACGGGAUUAUAAUGUACACCAGAGCAAAUCCCUGUAUAAUUCUGAAGAUUGUGGAUGGCAAACUGUGGUUCCAGUUGGACUGCGGAACCGGCCCGGGCAUCUUGGGGAUUUCCGGCAGGGCUGUUAAUGAUGGGAGCUGGCACUCGGUCUUCCUGGAGCUGAACCGGAAUUUCACCAGCCUGUCGCUCGACGACAGCUAUGUGGAGCGCCGCAAAGCCCCGCUCUACUUCCAGACGCUCAGCACCGACAGCUCAGUUUACUUCGGCGCCCAGGUGCAAGUGGACAAUGUCCGGAGCCUGACGGACAAGAGGGCGACGCAGGUCUCGAGCGGCUUCCAGGGCUGCUUGGACUCCGUCGUCCUCAACAACAACGAGCUGCCGCUGCAGAACAAGCGCAGCAGCUUUGCAGAGGUGGUCGGCCUGACCGAGCUGAAGCUGGGCUGUGUGCUGUAUCCGGACGCCUGCGAGAGGAGCCCGUGCCAGAAUGGAGGGACUUGUCUGAGUGUGCCAUCUGGUGGUUACCAGUGCAGUUGCCUCUCUCAGUUCACCGGGCGAAACUGCGAGUCAGAGAUCACUGCCUGCUUUCCAAAUCCUUGUCGCAACGGAGGCUCGUGCGAUCCCAUUGGCAACGCUUUCAUCUGCAACUGCAAGAGCGGGUUAACGGGAUUGACGUGUGAGGAGGAUAUUAACGAAUGCGAGAGAGAAGAGUGCGAAAAUGGCGGCUCUUGCGUCAACGUAUUUGGGUCCUUUCUAUGCAACUGCACUCCAGGAUAUGUGGGCCAGCACUGUGGGCUAAGACCAGUGGUCGUCCCAAACAUCCAAGCCGGCCAUUCUUACGUGGGCAAAGAGGAGCUCAUCGGCAUCGCUGUCGUGCUUUUCGUCAUAUUCCUGCUGGUCGUCCUUUUCGUAGUGUUCCGCAAGAAAGUGUUCAGGAAGAACUAUUCCCGCAACAACAUCACCUUGGUGCAAGACCCGGCGACUGCCACUCUGCUUCACAAGAGCAACGGGAUUCAGUUCAAAAACAUGAGGAACAGCGGGGAUGGCCGCAAUAUUUAUCAGGAGGUGGGGCCGCCUCAGGUCCCCGUGAGGCCCAUGGCCUACACCCCUUGCUUCCAAAGCGACUCAAGGAACAAUUUGGACAAGAUCGUCGACGGGCUCGGGGUGGAGCAUCAGGAGAUGACAACUUUCCACCCAGAGUCUCCUCGGAUCCUGACAGCCAGGCGAGGAGUCGUAGUGUGCAGUGUGGCCCCCAACCUUCCUGCCGUCUCUCCGUGCCGUUCCGACUGCGACUCCAUCAGGAAGACCUGGGAAAACGGCACUGAAAGCAAAGGUCUAGAUGAUGUGGAAGAGGUGACCUGUUUUUCAGGAAGCAAUAAAGGCAGCAACUCUGAAGUCCAGUCCCUCAGUUCUUACCAGUCAGACUCUGGCGAUGAUAAUGCUUCCAUAGUGACUGUCAUACAGCUUGUCAACAACGUAGUUGACAAUAUAGAAAAUGAAGUGACUGAUAUGGAUCAAGGACAGAACUACAACAGAGCUUAUCACUGGGACACCUCUGAUUGGAUGCCGAGCGCUCGACUAUCUGACAUUGAGGAGGUGCCCAAUUAUGAGACAACAGAUGGCAGCUCAGCGCAUCACGGGAGCACAAGGGAGCUGGAGACAGACUACUACCUUGGCGGCUACGAUAUUGACAGUGACUACCCUCCGCCGCAGGAUGAGGAGUUCUUAAACCAGGACCAGUUGCCGCCUCCCCUCCCGGAGGAUUACCCAGACCAAUACGAAGCCCUUCCUCCAUCCCAGCCAGUCUCCAUGGCCGGCACACUUAGCCCGGAUUGUCGGCGACGGCCACAGUUCCACCCGAGCCAAUACCUCCCUCCUCACCAGUUCCCCAACGAGAUGGACAACGGUGGGUCUCAGACUGGGAACGAGUUUAGUACUUUUGGCGUUGGCCCAGGACCAAACGCAGAGAACAAUAGCCUGGCCAAGAAGCCCUUGUCCUUACACAAUUCCCUGGACGCAUCAUCGUCUGACGUUUCUAUGGGCUGUGGCUUUGAAGACUCUGAGGUGGCCAUGAGUGACUAUGAAAGCAUUGAGGAGCUGCGCCUUGACCACCACCACAUUCACAUUCCAUUUGUGGAGACCCACCACCAGACCCAAGUGUGAAGGAGCCUCUUUUGUUGACGUUGUUUCUGUCAUUUGGUCCCAUUCUCAUAGCAUUAACUGUCAAGAAGGCUUUCUUUUCACCGAGAGGAAAAAAAAUAGAUCUGUAUAUGGGGCAAGGUGGAAAUAUAGCAUAACCCAUUUUUAACCCUGUCAAGAAAUCCGUGGUGACCAUGUGCAAGGAGAAAGCAAAUGGUUGCCUCCCAAAAUUGGUAGCUGGAGAAGGCUCUUGAUCCCUUGGAGUUGACGUUGGUUGUUUAUUGCCAAGCAUAGAGGUUCCCCAUUGUCUGGUGGCAGACUGAAUUUUCCUCCAACCAGAUUUGUGGGGGAUCAUGCUAUUAAAAGUGUUACAAGGCUGAAGCACUUGCAGUAUUCAAGAAAAGCUGGAACUCAUUUCAUGGGUCCUAGAACUGUGGCUGCAUGGGUCGAACUUUGAUGAAGUGAGAAAUAAGGGUGAAUUAGUUGCUAAGGCUGCUGCUGCUGCUGCACAAAGUAAAUCUGAAUUUUAAGGAGGGGAAAGGGACAAACCAAUAGUCCAUAAUAAGAUCCCUUUGUGCCAUGUUAUGUAGUUAAAGUGACUGUGUUUGUAUUCUAAGAGUUGUUUCCAAUUUUAGCCCCACGCAGGGUAGACUUAAGGAUCUAAGUUAGCUGUGUCUGUUAAUUUCAAUGGAUCCGAUCUGCAGGUCGUAGUUAUUCCUCCAGCCCCAAAGCAAGAGGGGAUUGAGAGAUACUUUGGCACCAUGUUGAGACAUUGAGUGGUGGGAUAUCCCGUCUGCUGCAAACCAUAUGGAAUCUGCAGCAAUCACUCCAUGCUCUCGGUUGAAUCCAGUGGGCCACUGUGCCUCGGCUUGUGCACGAUGGUGAGCUAACAUGCUGCCAGAUCCAACUCCUCAGUAGCCACCAGUGCCUUGAUCUCAUCAAAUGAGGAUGAAAUGUACUUGAUACCAUACUGAUCAUCCUGUAGUUCCAGGAAAGAAGAAGGAUUGGGAUGGCUUGUCUUGCAGGAGUGAGCAGCAGCUGCAGAAAAACUCCAGCCACUGCACAGCAGUGAAAGGAUUGGGGAGCCCUGCUCUCCUUUGCACUUGGCCACUCAGCUGAGAGGCACUCCAAGGACGCAGGAUUUGCAGACUGGCAUUCUUCAAGGAACUCUGCUGGGGAGAUGCUCCUGCAUCCCACACUUGGUCUGUGCAAAACAAAAACAAAAACCCAGUGCAUAUAUGCUAUUUUUACUUAUUUAUUUAUUUUGGUAUGUUCGGUCCUUCGCUGACCCACUUUGGACUUUUUGGGAUUCAUCGCCACUUUUCGUUCAUCCACAUGCUCUCUUAAAACAACAACAACUAGAGAAUUGUGGAGGUCUGGGGAGGUGUUCCCCGUGCAUAUUUGCAUCCCCUGCUGCAAAAAGGGAAAGGGGUUGCCAUUUCUUAAAAUAAUUUUAAUUAUUUUAUUUUCCCUUUAUACAGUUUAAAUGUGGGAGGGGAAGCUACUCUCCCUUUCCUAAGAGAAUUCAGCCAGCCAGGAAGGGUACGGAAUGAAUAAAUCAUUCCUCCUGGAGUGGAGUCACGGAUGAGUGGACGCCCUAACAGGUUUUUCAUGCCCCUGCCUUAUCCAAGUUCUCCGUCAACACGACAUUAAAUGAGUGUUCCCAGUGCUUCCCUUCCAUGAACCAUUUCUUCUUCUUCUUCUUUUCCGCUGACUGAACCGAAUUUCAUCGUUUCAGCUUUUCAUUAAGCUAAUCAGCAGCCAGUUCUUUCUGCCGCAAGAAAAUAUUGUUCAUAAACUGCCACCCAGCAAUCAAAACGGUUAAAAGAAAUAAGAAGGAAUAAACAACACAACUGCCAUGUAACACUUUUAAUAGCAAAGGGACUCUGAAAUCCACAUCGUGGAGCUCGUAAAUUCAAUGUUUACUGCCCCUUUCCCCACAUUCUCUUAAGAGCAUCAUCGCAAAGAUUUGUAGCGCAGCAAACAUUCUGGAUAGAGCACUGAGACAUCUGUUAAAAAUGGGUUUUGAGCCAAGGCAAAUUUAUCGCCCAUAUGAAUAUUUUGAUAAAUAUAGGCCUGUCCAUACUUCCUGUUAAAUUAAUGGUCGUUUUUCUUGGUUCCCCCUCAAGAAUAUCAUGGGCGUCCAUUUGUAACAAAUUUGUGAUAUGUUUGCUUUCUCAGUCCCUCCACCUCCGAUGUGUUUUCUGUGGGGUGGGGUGGGGUGGGGGGAGCGAUAUUACUUGAACUUCCUGUCUGCCAUUUGUGAAGAAGAAACUAAAUAACAAAUUUGUCUCCCAAACUCAAACCAGUUCUUCCAAGUGAGGGGCGGCCAACACUGGUCAAAAGAGUGCUGGUGACUCACGAGGCGCUUCCUGGAUGGAGAAUUUCACUGGUGUGUGUGAAUCGUCCUGGUGGGACAGGAGAAUUUAACUUCCUUUUUCAAUAGCGGGAUGGGCAGUGAAGUGUUCUGCCGUAGUUCACACCCAGUAUGCUUUUGGUCGCUUCAGCUAAUGAACGCGUGAACUUUGAACCUUUCUUCGACUGAACCAGUGACCUCUGCUCUUUGUCCCCCACCAAGAAGUAAUUGCGAAAUAAUACCUGCCUGGCUUACACGUCACACAAUGUGCAUUCCAGCUCGUGUUUCCCAGGGGCGCUCAAUAUCUAGGUUUAUUUAUUUUAUUUUUACUGCAACAUAUCAACAGGGUGACACAGGGAAAUAAAUUGAAAAGCGGGAACCCCUUAAUGCACAAGCAAGAAGAUAAACGUUGCUAUUCCCUGCACUUGGUGUGUCCCCCGCCUGUUUUCUACAAGUCUUCCGCACAAAGGACUCUUAACGCUGCCUAAAGUUAGUAGCAUGGUGGGAGCCUUAGCUCUUGAGCAGGAAAUACCUUCCAUUCUUGCACAUCCUAGGCUGCCCUCCCCUGUGGGAGCCCUGCAGUUUUCGGUCCUUCCCCUUCUUCCAAAAGCCUAUGCAGCCACCAUUCUCCUCCCCUAUCUCUUUUUCCUCCAGCUGCUCUCUGCCCCUUAGCCCAUACAGUCAUCCAACUUAUGCAAGGGGGAAAGUCCAGCUGUGCAAACCUCAGAAAUAAUUGUAUUCAUUAACCCAUGAACCAUAUUUUCAUUUAGACUCUUCCUUAACCCCACAAAGACCAGCUAGCGUGUUUCAGCCCUUAAUCCUCCGGGUAAACGGCGUUUCUGUGUGCUGCUCUGGUUUGCCAGAAGCGGCUUAGUCAUGUUGGCCACAUAACCUGGAAGCUGUACGCCGGCUCCCUCGGCCAAUAAAGCGAGAUGAACGCCGCAACCCCAGAGACGUCCGUGACUGGACCUAAUGGUCAGGGGUCCCUUUACCUUUAUGAAUGUGCCCAUAGCCUGGCUGAGGGGGUAGGAUUCUACCCUGAAGCACCUCAGACUCCAGGCAGGGAAAAACCACAUUUCUGACUUCUCUUCCCUCCAUAUAGUAAACUGGGACAUCCUGGAGAUAGUUUGUGGAUCGUAUGCUGCCCAGAUCUGCUUUCAGUGUUAAAAGAUCAUCCCGCUAGCAAAAGAGUAAAUCAAAUCUAUCCAAAGAGGGGAUUUCCCACGAGGUAUUUGGGACUCCAAACCUCUGUCCGUUCAGGCGGCAGCUCAUGGUGUCUGUGAUGGUGAAUGCGUAUACUUCAAGCGUCACAGAGUUUUGGUUUUCUCGUGGUAAGAAUUAACACGAAAAGAAAAAAUAGUUGCAGACAACGGAAAGACCUUAAAUCAGGAGACGGAUGUGGGAGGCAUGUUCAUGAAGAUGGAACAUUUGGUGUUUCUGAAAUAAUUUUGUAAUCACAGUUUUGCCUGUUCGGCACUUGUCCUCACACCCAACAUAUCUGUAAAGCAAUUUACUGUAAGCUUGUCCAUUGCAGACUGUUAUUUUCAGCUUGCUCUUUCCAAGGCUAUGCACCAAACAAAAAGGCACUGACGAUGCUGUUACUUCAUAUGUGAGAGGGGCAACUGGAGAGUACUGCAAAUGAAAUGAUUCCCAUCAUGUAAUUUUUUUUUAUAAAGCAAUAAUUUACAAAUGUUGAGUUACAAGGCCAUAACCAGGGUUUGAUACCGGCAGUGUUAAGGAUAAAUUUGAACUGGGUGGUGGAAAUUUGAACCCUCACUAGUAUAGCUAAAUCCUGUCAUUAUCAGAGACCUAGGUUGUUUCCAGAACAAUUUUACAAGCCCAUAGUAACUGCAUUUGGAAAGGAUCGUCUGGGAAAUGUAAGGAGUUCUUUUGAAGCACUGUAUAAGAAAGAUAGUUGUCUUGUAAAUUUUACCUGUUGCAAGCAGGCUGGUUUGUAAAAGAUGUAUGUUUUUGGUGUUUUAAAAAAAAGUUUAUAAAAUAAUGUACAGAAUAAUUUUGGAAUUACCUGGCUUUUGUAGAUAUUUGAUGCCAAUCAAGUUGCUUUUAUUAUUAUUUUCCCGUGUUCAUUUAUGUAUUCUGAAGAAACUCAUCAAUGUCAGAUUUAAGGUAAUGGAAAAAUCAACAAAAAAAAAGGUGAAUAGGUUGGGGAAACAACACUUCUUAAUCACUUCAGAAUGUACUGUAACUUUUCUUUGACUCAGCUGUUUCUCAUUAACAUUUCUCUCGGUUUCUAAGACUGCUUCCUAAUGAACCCCACCCCUUCGGAUGAAUGUGUCUUUGCACAAAUGCUAUUACAGACAUGUUUUCUAAUGCUGUUUCACUUAGGCAUUUGAGGUUCCGCCAUUAUUCCAACUACACAACAACUUUAUGCAAAGGGAAGGUUAUCACUCCAUGUGGAUCUGGUCCCUCGUCGGCAAAUGCAUUGGUCUUUCAUAUUUGCUGUUGGCAGUAUUGUCUUGUGUUAUUUUGCUAAAAAAGAAAAAAGACAGAAAAAAAAAUGUGUACAGGUUUGUAACUGCCAAAAUUUAAAACCAGUUUUCAAGUAAAAACAAAAACACAUUGAUUUGACUCUUCCUUGGCUUUUUCCAUUGGGGCGCACGCAUUCUCACUGUACAGUACAAGUGUCACGGACUGGCUGGAGGCAGAGGAGUUUUUGUAGGCACCUGCUGGGGAAUCCCUGAGGGAAGAAGGCUCAGAGCUAAG